GUGCUGCCCUUUCCGAGAAUAACCAGACAGCAAAGGGCUAGUUCUAUUAAGCAGUUGAGGCAACACUUUGAAGAUGGCUGUUACCAAGGUCUUUGUUGUGUAUUACUCCAUGUAUGGACAUGUAGAUACUAUGGCCAGAGAAGUUCUCAAAGGUGCCGCGGCAGUUGAAGGUGUUGAGGCAACACUAUGGCGGGUACCCGAGACUCUCUCCGAUCGAAUAUUGGAAAAGCUGAAGGCCCCUCCUAGGCCGGAUGAUGUAACGGACAUCAAACCGGAACAACUUCUGGAAGCUGAUGGUUUUAUAUUUGGUUUUCCUUCUCGAUUCGGCAUGAUGCCAAGCCAACUGAAGGCAUUUUUUGAUGCCACUAGUGAGCUAUGGGCCUCCCAAGCACUUGCUGGCAAGCCUGCUGGAAUCUUUUGGAGUACUGGCUUUCACGGCGGAGGCCAGGAACUUUCAGCAUUGACAGCAAUAACUCAAUUAGCUCAUCAUGGCAUGCUUUUUGUGCCCCUUGGAUACACAUUUGGAAGUGGCAUGUUUGAGAUGGAUGAGGUGAAAGGAGGCUCAGCAUAUGGUGCUGGAACCUUCGCCGGAGAUGGAACUCGGCAACCUACCGAGCUAGAACUACAGCAGGCCUUUUACCAGGGUAAAUAUAUGGCUGAAAUUGCAAAAAAGCUAAAAAUCUAACCUUCUGCUAACAAAUUUAUUCAAGAAUGUCCUGUAGAGCAUGUUGACAAACCAUUAGACACACACGUUUGUGUCAAACCUUGCAAGACAUAUUAGCAACGUGUAUAUAUAUAUAUAUGUUCUCAAUUUCAAAAUUGUAGUUUGUACUUCAGUUGGUGAAACAUGAGUUAGACGAAGUUCUAUGUUCAGAUAUGAAGAAACAAGUUCAUUAAAACAACUUGUUCAUGUUCAUUUUUAAUACACCAAUAGCAACAAUU